GAUGCUAUCCUAAGCCUUCGUUGGCACCGUUCGUGUCACCACCAACUAACCCAACUGAAGAGGAAUUUAUACAAAAUUAGAAGAUAUGGAAAGUACCAUAACCCAACUCAAAAGGAUCCUUUUUUUUUUUUAAUUUGGUUAUUAUGGUGCCAGCCUGAUAUGAAUUUAAUAUUGUCAUCAGUGUAACCUUCUUCCAUUCAUUGCUAGGUUUUCCAACUCACCCACUUACUCUUUAAUUCUGUCAUCAAUCAUUUUUUUUCAAGGUGAUUUUGGUUUACCUGUUCUCAACGAAGCUCUUUAAUUUAUGAUUCUUGCGUUGCAUGCAAUAUUAGAUCCCAUAUUGAGGAAGGAUCCUUCAAUUUUCGUGGGUUUGGUCUCAAGAAGAAGAAGAAGAAAGCUAGCUUUGGUGGUUAGUUAUUGUCCAAAAUAUUUGAAUGCUGCCUGAAAUUGGAAGAAGAUGAAUCUUGAUGAUUGGUUUCUUGUUGAAAAUCGUUCGACAUGAAAAUCACAAGUGAGCUUCGAUGGAUUCAUUUAAAAUUAAAAAGUCGGUUUAUCAUCUGCCUGAUUGUUUGUUUAUUGUCAUCUUCAAUGGCGGAUGGGUUAAAUUACAGUGAUGUUGAUUUAUUAGAUGAAUUAUUUUACACUUCUGUAAAUGAAAAUCUUCCAGAACAUCAUACAGGCCAACUGUUCAAUAUUUCACUGCCUUCUAACUACAGCGGCAUGCACCUUUCAGCUAUUAGGCUACGCAGCGGCACAUUUUGGGCAAGAGGAGCAAAUUACAAUUCUAUUAAUAUCCCACCAAGGAUUGCUACAAUGCCUUAUGCCAAGAGGCUAGCUAUAGUCUAUGAAAAUUUAGGAAAUUGGUCUUCUUCUUACUUCGCAGUGCGCAAUUAUUCCAUGGUGACACCAGUUGUUGGCUUCACUGUUUAUGAUGCUUCAAAUUUAACAAAAUUGGGCGAUGAGGAGGUGCUAGGUUUCAGCUUCAUGGGAGAUGAUCCUAUUACCAUUACUUUUCCUAACUUUGAGGUUGCAGAUAAAAAUGUGACAACACAAUGUGCGAGUUUUGGUUUGAGUAAAACAAUUCAAAUCACCAACGUAAGUGGGCUAAAUGCGUGCACUACAAAAGUUUCAGGGCGUUUUGCGAUUAUAAUUCCAUCUCUGCCGCCUCCUCCGGAAGGUGGUGCGAAACAAACCGGGACUGAGAAAUGGUGGGUGAGUGUAUUUGGUGUGAUGGUUGUGUUAAUUUUGGCUGGAUUGGUUAUAUAUAAGGUAGUUAAAAUGAGGAAGAUGAAAAAAAUGGAGAGUGAAGCUGAAAAAGGAGUUGCUUUUGAUACAAUAUGGAUUAGAGGAAGUAAAAUGCCUGCAGCAGCAAUGGUUAGAACACAGCCAGCACUGGAAAAUGAGUAUGUUCCUUAACACAUACCACUUCAAUUACUUGUUUUGUACAUUUUGCCUCCUUUUCCACAAGUGAAAGAUACUUCAAUUUGUUUUUUAUUUUGAUCAGAUUAAUGAUUAAAAAAAAUUGCAGUA